CCGCCGCGACGUAAAAAUCAAUUUGGACCUUGGCUAGGUGACCGUUCGCUCGGCGCUGCGUCGCGGCUGCUCCGGCGGCUCGAGGCUCGAGAGCAGCACGCUUCCCUUCCGGAGCUGCCGGUCACCUCGCCACCGAGUGAGCGAGCGAGCGAACGAGCGAGCAAGCGAGCGAGCUAGCUAACUAACGACCAACCGACCGACCGACUGACUGACUAGCCGACCGACCGACCGACUAGCCGACCGACCGACCGCCUGACCGAUACCGCACCGCGAGCAGUAGCUCAGUCGCGAGUCGUCAACCGAGCGGGUACGCCAGACGGUAGAGAACGCGUCUGCCAGCGAGCGUGUACGCUGACGCGCACACUUACACUUGUCGCACGCGGCCGACCGACCACACUCUCUCUCCGUUCUCCUAUCUCGACGCUCUUCGAUCAUAUCCGACGUCUGUGCGUUCACGCGGACAAUGAUCCAUAAGAGGAAGAUUCGCAUCUCUCUACGCUGACGAGCAUCGCCGCGGUCGCAGCCUGUUUCAACGUUUAUCCUGCGGAUCGUUUUCCAGCGGGUGCACGUUGCACGAAGCCGGGCGAGCGUAGGUUUGUGCGCGAGGAUGAUGAAACGACACGAGUGGACAAUACGAACCACAUCGAGGGAGUUUGAGCAGUUACGCUUCGAGGAACGUUUGUAAACAGAGAGAAGAGAAGCUCCGGCCGGGUUGUUCCGGUCGAACGAGGAGGGUCGCGGGAGCACCGGCUUCCUGAUCUUCCUCCUAACGUAAACUGUUCUGUGCCGUUCCAUAACCAGCGGUGUGUCGAUCGAGGGCAUAUCGUCGAGAAGGGCGGAAAAAACGGACCAAAGAUUUGGAGCAGGUAGCAUUUUUCAAAGGGAAGAGACGAGUGGUUCUCGGGCGAGACGAGUGGUUCUCGGGCGAGACGAGACGCUCUCGAAAGUUUCCCGGUUUUUUUCGUGGUCGAACACUCGAGGGAUGAACGAGUGGCGUGGAAAAGACAGAUCGGUCGUGGAAGCGUCGAAAUCGCGACGAAAAUCAUGGCUGAUCGAACGGUCGGAGUAGCAACGGUUUUACGCUAAAUCAGGAGGCUGUGUGCUUUGUAGAGCUGUGGUGUCACGAGGAAGGAGCCCACGGUGUGACGCAUGCGACGUGCCGUCUAUCGCGAGAGCUGUGCGUCGUGGAAAACAUCUGCGCGACCGGUGAAGCUUUUAACUCGUGUGCCUCCCCGCUCUGACGUAUUACGUCGACGGACGGAACCAGCGUGGUCCUUGCGUGCUGUGUGAUCCGCAACGGGCCUCGAGCGAGUAAAAAAAGCUUGCGCGUGCCGAGAACGAUACAGGCUGAAUCAGCACGGCCACGCACUGUUCGCUGACUGUUUCGCGGACUAUGCUCGAGAAUCGCUCGAGAUCAGUUCCGUUCGCGAGUCACUUCGGGGAAACCGCGAAAAUAUUCCAAUCGUUACUGGACGUUGAAAGCUUUCAUUCGCGAUCGAACGUUCGUCGUUGAAGAAUCCUCUUUCUACAUUCGGCUCGGUGUUCGAAUUCAUUCCUUCUAAGACGUUCUUUAUCGACGAUACUGCAACUUGAAGAAUCGAACGCGUGUUAUUUUUGCCAAAGAUUGGUACAACCGGCAGAAGACGGAAAGAAGGUGACAUCGUUGUGCAGUUUCGGUUUCUUUUGGAUGGAAAGGAUAAACAACGAUGAUCCGGUUGACGAGAAUUGACAAAAAAAGAUAGAGAUAGAUAGAUAGCUAAAGAGAAAGAGGAAGAGAGAGAGAGAGAGAGAGAGAAAGAAAAGAGAGAGCGAGAGAGAGUGUUUAGCCAACACGGGGAGUUUCUACUUGGAAGGUUUGCAUCGAUCACACUCGACGCAACAACGCGUCCGGUACGCAUUGGGUUCGAGAAGCUGUCGUGAAUUCAUUAAAAUAUCACGCUUCGUCGGUCGCCGCGUGGUUCAAACGAGAAUGUUGCAGAGUACGUGGCUGGGCCUCGAUAGGCAGUUUCACGCGUGAAUGAAAGUAGAAAGAGUCGCUCUGUUUUGCACAGCACUCGUAACCUCGACAAUGUAGCAGAAUCGUUUCGAUGAUUCUCGAGGAUACUCUGGAGCAAGAGUCGGAUCGUAGCUGUUAAUUCAAUACUACACGUUGCACGCCAGGAUAAGAGACGAGGAAGAACAGGUGGAAGAUCUUGUGCUCGAAACCGAUCUCGACUUUGUCGGAGAGAGAAAGAGGGAAACACGCAGAGAAACGAGUACGAGGCGGAAACUCUCGGUAUCGAUGAUGGUGGAAGGCAAGUUGCCAGGAGACGAUUGGUUGUCGUGGUGCUUGCGUUUCUCUGGUACGAGCUGCUCUUGCUAAUAUCGCGAGUCAAGUGGCAAGUAAACAAAACGAUAAAAGCGAAGGAAUGCCGAGAUACGAUGACGGACUUGGUGGUCGUGCACGAUCUUAGGAUCGCGGUGCCGUUGUCGGCGUCGUCGUCGUCGUCGGCGUCGUCGUCGUCGACACGUAUCUGGUGGGAACGCCGCCGGCGUUGCACGAUCAGCUAAUACAGAUAGAUAGAUCGUUCGAAUCGCGACAGGCCUCGAGAACGACCGGCUGCGCUAGGAGAUUGUCGAGGACUUUUUAACUCGAACGAUCCGUCGAACGAAAGCUUCGAGGAAUUCCCUCUUCUGUUGGUUCCGCCCGAGGACGAGCUAUCGCUUUUCCUCCGGCAAUUCCACCCAGUUGAGCUUUAGCCGGAUUAUUUCUUCAGGCGGAUCGAAAAGUAGAAUUCGCGAGGAACACGCGAAGAACAACGAUCGAGGAAAAACACACGAAUGCGAUCAAGGUAUAAGAACAGAGAUAACCGAGAAGAACAUCAACGCGGAGAUAUACUUGAAGAACGUAAGCCGUCGUAUUACGAAUAUUAAGGCGGCAUUCGGACAUAAAAAUCUUUAUUCGUCGCUCUACGUGCGAAUUGCUGUCGAAAACGCGUAAGCGCGUCUCAUGAACAGAGUCCUUCUACGUAUAGUCGAAGUCAAGAUAAUCGUUCGCGAAUUAAUUGUUAUGGCGAACUAUCGAACAGUCCGGAGGUGAACGAGACUGAAGAAAAUUGAAAAGGAGUACGGUGAAGAAAUCAAAUUAAUAAAAAUAAUAACGAUAGUAACGAUAACAAAUAAGGAGAAGAGGUAAGAGGAGGGAAGAAAGGUGGACAAAUUUAGCGAAGAGAAAGAAAACUAUUCCACCUUCGAGCAUGGCCUCGGUGGCAGCGUGGCUGCCAUUCGCCCGUGCGGCGGCGAUUGGUUGGGUGCCGAUCGCGACACAUCCACUGCCACCGCCGCCGAUCCCCAAGGAUCGUCGCAAGGCCGAUGACGAGAAGCUGUUGAUAAACGUGAGCGGCCGUCGCUUCGAGACUUGGAGGAACACCCUCGAGAAGUAUCCGGACACUCUUCUCGGUUCGAACGAGCGCGAGUUCUUUUACGACGAGGAGAGCAAGGAGUACUUCUUCGACCGUGAUCCAGACAUCUUCCGUCACAUACUCAACUAUUAUAGAACCGGUAAGCUUCACUAUCCGAAGCACGAAUGCCUGACGAGCUACGACGAAGAGUUGGCGUUCUUUGGUAUCCUGCCGGACGUGAUCGGCGAUUGUUGCUACGAAGAUUACCGCGAUCGGAAACGGGAGAACGCGGAACGUUUGAUGGAUGACAAGCUGAGCGAGAAUGGGGAUCAGAAUCUUCAGCAGCUACUCGACAUCAGGCAAAAGAUGUGGAGAGCAUUUCAGAAUCCACACAUCUCGACGGCGGCUUUGGUAUUUUACUAUGUAACCGGUUUCUUCAUCGCCGUGAGCGUGCUGGCGAACGUGGUCGAGACCGUGCCGUGCGGUAAUCGUCCGGGACGCGCCGGUACGCUUUCAUGCGGCGAACGUUACAAGAUUGUCUUCUUCUGUCUGGACACCGCGUGCGUCAUGAUAUUCACCGCGGAGUAUCUGUUGAGGCUGUUCGCGGCCCCGAGUCGGUGCAAGUUCGCGCGAUCCGUCAUGUCCAUCAUCGACGUGGUCGCCAUCCUCCCGUACUACAUUGGUCUCGGUAUCACCGACAACGACGACGUAUCCGGUGCUUUCGUUACGUUGCGCGUCUUCCGUGUGUUCCGGAUCUUCAAGUUCUCCAGGCACUCGCAAGGUCUAAGGAUUCUCGGUUACACCUUGAAGUCUUGCGCCUCGGAGCUUGGCUUCCUCGUCUUCUCCUUGGCCAUGGCCAUCAUCAUAUUCGCCACAGUGAUGUUCUACGCGGAGAAGAACGUCGAUGGAACGAACUUCACCUCGAUUCCUGCCGCAUUCUGGUACACCAUCGUCACGAUGACUACCUUAGGGUACGGUGACAUGGUUCCGAAAACGAUCGCGGGAAAAAUCGUGGGGGGUGUAUGCUCUCUCAGCGGUGUCCUUGUGAUCGCUUUACCGGUGCCUGUUAUCGUCAGUAAUUUCAGCCGAAUAUAUCACCAGAAUCAGCGGGCUGACAAGCGAAAGGCGCAAAGGAAAGCCAGAUUGGCACGAAUCAGGAUCGCGAAAGCGUCGAGCGGAGCGGCCUUCGUGAGCAAAAAGAAGGCGGCUGAGGCCCGAUUGGCCGCGCAGGAGAGCGGCCUUCAGCUGGACGACAACUACAAGGAGGAGGAUAUUUUCGAACUGCAACAUCAUCAUCUACUUCGUUGUUUAGAGAAGACCACGGAUCGCGAGUUCGUGGAGAUGGAGGUACCCUACAAUGGUGCCCCGAAGAGGCCGGGCUCGCCGUCGCCCCUGACCUCCCCCGCGCACAGCACUGCCUCGAGGGGCGGCCUGCUGCAUGCCUGCUGCGGCCGCUGCUACCCCCAACGUUACCAGAGCUUGUCUUAUCAGCUCACGUCGAACGAGAGCAAGGAUAGAGUGGUGCUCGUAUAUGAAGACCGUAUACAAGUUCGGAAAAAGGACCUAAAGAAGCGCGGUUCCCACACCUGUGACAUGCAGGCCCUACAGCCACUUCCGGUCCCAACCACCACCACCACCAACACCGCGCCUGCCAUGACUACUUCCGGUGGACAGCCACCGCUUCCGGUAUCGGAGACCGCUUGAGUCGAUCACCGAGACCAAUCACGAUCACCAUAUCCGCUAUUAUGAACAAAAAAGAAAAAAAAAACAAUAAUAAUAUCACCUUUAACAAACACCAUCACCGUCCUCCUCUUCUACUCGAUGAAAGAACAAUGGCCGACUGGCCGGAAGAACGUAAGAAAGCAGAGACAGACGCGAGAAUCGAUGGCGCCUGGAAUGGCAGGCGCCACCAUUUACCAUGAGAAACAAAGAGAGAGAAAGAGAGAGAGUUUCCACGGAGUCACUGUGAAAGAGAAAACUAUAAAGCAAACAAUCGUUCAACGAACGCAGAGCAUUGAAGGAUCGACGACGAUCCACGACGUCCUCGAGGAGGACGGAAGCCGCGCGUUCUCGAAGGACAAGUAUUCCGCGCGACUCGAAGCUGGACGGAAGACAGGAAACCGGAGGAACGCGAAGAAGAGGACUUCCCGCCAACGAUCGAAGCCGGAAUUCUUCGUGUUUUCGAGGACGAAGAUUCGCGAAUGCACGCACACGCGCCUGCACCACCUUCUCCUUUCUGUUUUCGCUCGCGAGAUACGUGCAUCGAUGGAUUUUAGUCCCUUCUCGUACCGCGUUAGCUGCGCCUCUUUCCGCCCGAGAACACGAGGCGCGACACCGUUGGAACAAAACGGAAAGAAAAACGAGGAAAGAAGAACGAACGUAUCCGAACCGGAACGCCGUGAAAUCGGACGCUGGUGAAAAACGAUUCGUCGAUGCGUGCACGUUGAUCGACUUUGCCUCCUGUUCUCGCUUUGGAAAGGAGCUUUUUCAAUUUCCAGCCGAUCGGCAGAAAAUGCCGCGCGACUCGCUGAUUUCCGGCACAACUGGCGCGCGUUCCAGCCGCCUCGUUAUUUCCGCAACGCGCGCGUCCAUCAAUCCGACCGGGAAACGAGCGUAGUCGCCAUAUAGAUCGGUCGAUCGAGUUUCGUUCGCGUCGUUCCAACGAAACGCUCACUUUCCCCGUUCCUUCGCGCUCUUUCACAGCAUCUUUCUUGGUACGUUUCCAAGAAGGACGUCGUCGGAACUUCCUCUUUCGAAUGGACGCUUCUCGCAGCGAAAAAGUAGCCGGAAGCCCCGGGCCGAAAUAAUCGAGAGGAAGGACGGUGUCAAAGAAUCGUAUCAGCGAUCUUAAACGAACGAUCCAGGCGAUAGAGGAAGCGAACGAUCAACCGUCGUUUACGAUCGUUCCAACUCUUACGAGUCGUCGUAAUUCUUUAGAGAGAGUUAGAGAGAGAGAGAGAGAGAGAGAGAGAGUGAGAGAAAGAGAGAGAGAGAGAAAGUUAAUGAGAGAAUGGGAGAGAGAGAGAGAGAGAGAGAGAGAGAGAGAGAGAGAGAGAGAGAGGAAAGAACGUCCCUGAUAGUUAUAAGGAUAAAUUCGAUUUUUAAAAAUGUCUUCGCGAAGGCGAGAGAAAUUCGAUCGAUCCCUGAAACGUACGUACGCAGUUUCUUAUAAGGAGUCUCUUAACUCGCUAGGUUUAAGUUAGCGAACGAUACAUUUAAGGGUACGCGAAACGACGACGAUGAUCGAUCGAUUCGUCGAGGCGAAUAUAAAAAGAGAAGUAUAACAGAGCAGAAAGAAAUAUCGUAAUUUUACGAUCGCGGUCGUAAAACGUAAGAACGAUGAAACGAGUAGGGUUUUCGAAUGAUAUCCACGUAGAAUUCCCGUAUUCGCUGGUGCCCUUCUAGUAUUGGGGAUGGGUGAGAUCGACGAGAAACGAUCGCGAGCGUUCGCUAGGGACCGCGUACCUUGAUACUCUAAAUAAAAUAAGAUGAUGCCCUCGUUCUUUCAAAACUCUUCGACGAGUCCAGUUUUCGUUCUUUUUUUCCCUAGUUGAUAGAUUUGUCGAUCGAGCAGCCGAUUCGAAUAAUCAACGGGAAUCGAUUGUGGAAUCGUUGCGCUUCAGCUGCAUUUGUUCGGAAUCGUUGUCGGAUAUCGAAAGCGAAUGAGCCAAUUUUUUUAAUUCUAUAACAAUUCGUAACAAAAUAAAGGGGGGAUUGGAAGAAAUAUGGGGAUGAAAGGGUGGGUCCAGCGAAUCCACGGUCGAACCUCGUUUAUCUCGGGGGAUGAAACGACGUUAGAACUUCGCAGGAACCUUCUCUCGGGCGACAAUAGGCUACGAAGAAUCGGUGUGUUUUAAUUUAAACGACGCUGUAAAUAAUCGUGGGAGGCAUGGGAGGAGUCUCGUGUUGUCCGUAAUUAACUUUGUAAUUAAUUGUAAACGAUCUAACGGAACGAAGAUGAACAAAAGAGAACAAAAAGAAACCAAAAGCAGAGAAAAUAAAAGAGACAGAGAGGAUAUAUAUAUAUAUAUAAUAUGAUAAAUGCAAAUAAGAAAAGGAAUAUAUUAUAUAUAUACAUAAAGAUAUACAGAUAUAUUCUACAGGUAAACAUACACAUACGUACACACACGCGCACACGAACGUAAAUACGUCGGAACGAGAGGAAGUACGUCAGGCGGACAUAUUAACACAUAUUACUGAUCAUACACACAAACACAUACAAACUUACAGCACCCUCGCGUCGCGCAAUAAAACAAAUUCUAAAUCAACUCUCAAAAACUAGAAUGCGUGCCUGAGUGCGUGGGAGAUCAACCCUCGUGAACCACCGAGCCCAACCCUUCCUUAAACUCUAAUUUAGGUGUUAAAUAUUAGUUAAUUUUAGAUGAACGAGGGUACGCGUGUUUUGGUUGCUCAAAAUACUCUUGAAAAUCGAAAGUGGAACGAAAAGGGAACAAAGGAAGGGAGAAUUUUUUAUUUUAUUAAUUUUCAUCCAUGAAAGCUAUGCGCAUGGAAGCAUCGCGAUACAGAUUAAAGUCAAGUGCGGCAGAAUUCUUCGAACCGCGUAGCCGAAAAUAAGAAAAAUGUAGAAAAAAAUUUGUUCGACGUUGAAGCGAAAAGGGGGAAAAGGGUGAAUAUUAGCGAGGUCAGGAAGUUAUUAACAUAGAAUGCGAAAAAUGCAUCGUCAGAGGUGCGGCUCGGUGGUUCACGGGCAGAAAAAGACGUAAACGUGAAUCUAAGUAAAUAAAAAAGAGAAAAAAAAGAAGAUUAUUACAUUAUAUUAAUAAGAUCGUAGAGAUAAUCGAGAAUAAUGUGUCAGGUCCUUUGUCGUCCAAAGAGCUGCAGUUGUAUCGCGAGAUCGCGUAUUAAAAAGCGAAUGAAAAACUAGAGAGAAGGAAAAAUGGAGAAAAGAGUGUAAGGUUAAUGCUACGAAGAAAUCGAACGUAGCAAAACGAUGGCUCGAGCUUAAUCCGAAUUUAAACAUAAUACCUCUCUCUCGCAACAUUUAAAUUAUAACGAUCCCUCGAUGUUAUCGUACAUUUUUUAUUCCUUUCUUGUCUUAGAAAGAUUCUAAUAAAUUUAAGGAAAAGCAAGAAAAAGAAAGAAACAUAACAAAUAUGACGUACCCAAUUUGUUGGUCGAGAAAAAUGGCUGUCCGGGUUAAGCUUCGACGCCAUGUUGCCUUUGCCAGCACGAAAUUGCUCGGGAAACUCGGUAAAAGAACGAGGAAUAAAAUAAAAUAAAAAAAAAAAAAAAAGAAAAAAAGGAAGAAGAAAGCAUAGAAAAUAAAAAUCGAUAAAAAACGUAGCAGCGUGCGCGAGUUAUUUAGAGAUUAAUUUGCCGGAACUAAUUAGUCUGUCGUUGUUGGCGAGUUAUCGCGUCUUUACUUCCGGUUCGCGACGCAGCGACGCACGGAGAUUCUCCGAUUCGGCAAGGGUCGUUCGCGAACCUUUUCUACUCGGUCUUCGAUUUCGAUUACGGAUCGUCGGGAGUCCCUGGUUCGUCGAUUUCCUCCCCGUGGUUUCUCGUGGCAUUAGCCGGAAAUCGCGUCGGCGCUGCCGUUGCCGGCCAAUUCACCGGCUAAUCGAUCGGUCUCGAGCCGAGCUCUAUGCAAGCAAUUUUCGAGGAAUAAAAGAAAAUAAAGGGGAUGAAACGGUGACUCUCGUGAUGCGUGUGCACCGAGGAAAAAGCUGCUUGACACUCUCUGCUUCCUAUAGUGGAAUACGACAGUCUUUAUAUUUACAAAAUGGAAAGAGACAAAGAGAAAAGUAUCUCUGUUAUUCGACGUUAUUCUUUAUUUUCUGCGAACUAGUAUUUCGAUUGUUCCGACGAUCUUUACACUUUUCUUUUCCUUUUUUUUUUUUUUUUAUUCGCUUUGUGGUGCACAAGGAACGAGAAGAUCGAGGGAAUACGCGAUCGAGGGAAGCUAGAAACAUGAAUAACGAGUCUUUCAAUUCACUACCGUACUGCCAAUUUUUCCGAUGAGACGCGUAAUAACUUUAAUAAGAGUUUAAGGCGAGGCGAACUGGCGCGACGAGCGAUACGAUUCGCGUCCACAUACGCUCGUCCGACCUUCGUUCGUCUUCUUUCGUCGCUCCGAAGUCCUGACGGAGAGCUAUCCCGCGAUGUUUCCGGAGGGACACGCCACAGAGGGUUCUACUCUUUAUCGUCAAACCAUUGCCACGGUUUUGCCUAUUAUACAUCGUAAUCUACCGCUGAAGAUAAUAGCAAUUUGCUCUAACAAACAACAAGCGUCCGUGUUCUUUUUGAAAUUUAUAAAUUGAUCGAUAUUCAGCGAUUUAUUCCCCUGUGAUAACUUCGUCAAUGCUGCAACGCCCGAUCCAACAAAAUUCUACGUUCCGAACACACGUUCGAAUCGAUCGUUCUCGCUAAAUGUAAUCGACACAAAGGGAAAGAAGCGGGUACUUUCGCCUCGCACAAUCAAUGGAAAAACCAACGCGAUUUUCCUCCGAUGCGAGAGGAAUCGAAGGAAACUGAAUGAACCGUAGCGCGAGCAUCAGAGGCGACUGAAUUCGAGCGGUUCGAUCGAUCAGCCGUGCUGCUUCCGCUUUGUUUCGCGCCGAUCAAAAGAGCCACCCUCUCCGCCGGUCCCUCCGGUGGACUUGCUUUUGCAUCGUGAACGGAAAAAGCGAUCCUUUUGUAAUCAGGACACCGUCCACAGGACCUGCGAGCGUAGCAGGAUCGGCCAAUGUUCCUGACACGCUCCACCGUGAUUGCGAUUCACGCCGUUCGACCGGGAGAUCGAGCCUGCGAUACCAAACUCUCAGGUUUUCCAGCAGUGGGAAAUUAUCCAAUGAAUAUGAAAUUUCCGUUCAUUUGCAACGAGCGAAGUAGAUUCACGGACGAAUCUUGUCUUACGCGAAAGCGUUGAGAAACCGACGGUGAAAGAUUGAGAACGAAUAGCUGCGCAAAGUUGAAAAUUCUAGAACCUACGUUAAUUUAAAACGAUGGUUUUUCCAAGUUCGUCUCGAUGUUCGAUAAUUCUUAGAAAAGUUUCACGACCGCGUAAUAAAUAAUUUUAGUGGAUUUCUCGAUGUUUCAUAAGUUUAUCCGCAACAGCGUGACAUGAAACGUAAAGAUGUACAUUUCUAUAAACUUUCCUGCCGUUAUUGAAACUUUUACCGAGAUUCACCAGUUCCUGGACACGUGUCCCUCGUGAAACUAAAGCUCUUACAGUUUCUCAACGCAUGCAGGUUGCAAUCAAUUUCAAAGUUCCCUCUCCCGGUCGUGACUAGACAGUUUAUGUAAUCGAGCGACGAUUAAUCGAGCCAGAUUGGAAACGAGAACAGACCGCCGGUGAUUCGAGGAUCGUCGCAACGCGGAGAUCUGCGCCGGACACCGAGUUCGUCGAAGUUCCCUUCGUAUUUGUAUAUUUUUCUUAAAACCGAUCGAACAAGGGUGUCGCUUCUCCUUCGAACGCUUCUGAUCCCGUUAGUUCCACGAAUUUUAAUUAAUCCUCGAUUCCUUCCAUCGAACAUAAAACUGUCGAGCGUUCUUCUAAUCGAAGUUUUCACGCGAGAAGAACGAUCAGCGAGGAAGAAUCACGGGAAGUUCGAAAGGAAAGCGAUCAUCCUGACUGUUUUCGUAGCCUCGUGUAAAGAAACGUCGCUGAGAAAGAAUCGAAAAGGGACGAAGACGAUGGAAAUUCCAGGGGAAAGAAACGCGACCAUAGUGUUCGUCGAGCGGUGUCGCGCAAACGUCUAGUUUCCGAUGCACUAACUUUAGUUUCCUAAGCGGACACGAGGACAAUUGUCUCUCCGGUCAGAGGCUCGGGGUUACGCACCGUGUUAUCGAUCAUACUUGGCAAUAACGAUAUUUUUAAUCGUACAACUGUAAAAAAAAAAAGAUGGAGUAAAGAGAACAGAGAGAAACAGAUAAAAAAACAAAGGAGAAAAAUCUAUAUAUAUAUAAAUAAAUAAAUGAAUGAAUAAAUAAAUAUACAUACGUAAUAAGUGGACGGAGAAGUGAAAGAGUAAAAAAGAAAAAAGAAAGGAAAGGUAGUUGGAAAGACGAUUUAUCGACAGCGGUCAAGCGCCGGCACGUUGUAACAAGUACACCCGAUAGUUGUAACUAGGAACGGGAUGAAGACGUUUUAGCCGAUGGUGUUGUCCGUCUUCGGUAGCUUCCACGCCUUACUCAAAAGUGAAAAAUAAAUUGAAAUUCAUAUUUAA